UAAAAAAUCCAGAGACCGAAGCUUGCAUCCGUUGGUUCAUCUAAAACCCCAACGAAACCUGCAACUUUGAAGUUUCCUCUGUUUCAAUUUGCUAUCAUUCAUCCAACUUUCAAGAGUUGCUUAGUGUGUAAUUAAUGACUGCUUCAGUGAUUCAUGUUGGGUGGAUGUUUCCACCAUUAUCCACCUUUGUCCCUAACAGACUGUGCUGCACUCAUUGCACUACCUUUGUUAAACCUAAUUUCCUUCCAUUUGGUCAACAAAAGUCAGCCAAUUUGACCACCAGUUGUUUGAGUCACAAGGCUUUGACCACUGCAGCCAGUGACCACAACUAUGGCAAUAAGCAGGUGAUCAGUCUUACACCGCGGAUGUACGACUACUUGCUCGCUAAUGUUAGAGAACCACCGAUUCUAAGAGAACUUAGAGAGGAGACUGCGACCAUGCGUGGUAGUCAAAUGCAGGUAUCCCCUGAUCAAGCACAACUACUUGCGAUGCUUGUCCAGAUUCUCGGGGCAAAGAGAUGCAUAGAAGUUGGAGUCUACACCGGAUACUCAUCAUUGGCUGUUGCUCUAGACUCAUUACAAAAAGAUGUGGUUGUCCUCUUGGGACACAAAGAUAACUGGAGCAUAAGCAGUUGAUUAUGUGACUUACUUGGUCACUCUAUUUAGGUAGCGGGUCAAGAAUUCGGUGAGUUUUCUCAAAGAAACUGACACUGAAUCAUCUGGCACCAAAUCGAAUGCAUGUACGGGCAUACUUUCCAACAUCGAGUCAAUGUUUGAGGAUUUCACCUUAAACAGGACUAACAAGAUUGUGAACUCACAUUUAUUUGAUCAAUUAGAAGCUCGAAAACCGGUUUUUGACAAGAAACACGAGCCUAAAUUAAGGCGUAAAUUUGUGUUUGAAGGACUCUCCGAAGAAUCAAGAAAACGGAUACAGUAUCAAAAAAUUGUGUUAAUCAGAUUUUGAAAGCUUCAAUGACCAUAAAGGCAGAAGUACUUGCAGAAAUGGAGAUCCCUGAUUGAUAAUCUCACUAAGGUAAUGUUUUAAAAUGUUAUCAUUGCUCUCAGACAGGUCAUUUUUGGUAUGGGUCAAAACGGAUCAGGCUGGGUUAUUGACCCAAAUUUUUUUUAUAUCCAUAUCCUGAUAACUUUGUGACAAAAGAUUAGAUAUUGAGUAUAAUACAAAACAAUAUUGAUGUAGCAAUCUAUACCUUUAGGUUGAUCUGUGCAUUGGCAAAAAAAACCUAAAAGAUUUUCACAAGUUUAACCCGUUUUCGUUUUAGCUAACUUUUUUUUAAACUUUGACCCAUUUGAGAUACAUCAAUAACCUAAGUCAAACUUUUUGCAAGUAAAAAGAUUCAAAAAUUUUCAUAGUAAAAUGCUAUAUUUUUUAAACUUGACAGAAUAGAAGAGAGUCUUGGAGAUUCAAUCUACAAAAGUAUUACAGUUGACACGUUCGAUCUAGGACAGUUUUUAUCAACCAUGUUGUCAACAGAGAUAACUGUUCUUCUUCUCAAGAACAAAAUAGAAGCUUCCAUAGUUAUAUUAAAAAGAAAAAGGCAUCAUGGUUUAAACCAGUGGGAUAAGCACAAGAAAUACUUGGUUUAAACCAAUGGGACUUGAGAAAAGGAAUAUGUGAAAUAAGAUGAUCUGGAUGACUUUAUGUGCAUCUUAAUUUAAAAAAAAAAAAAAGAUUUCAUAAGCAACAUCUACUGUACUGGUAUUAUAAGGUAUUAUAUCUUAAAUGGUUCUUAUUUAUGUAUAAAUCGUUUAUAUGGUAUAUUUCCAAACUGACGGCCUAUUACAUGAUUUUCGUUUGCCUU